ACUGCCAUGAGUUCUUUAAGUGCAAGUUUUUCCCAGAACAUUUCCAUUGUCCAUCCUGAAUACUUUUUCAUCAUUGGACUUACAGGCAUACCGUACAGCAACUAUUACUAUACAUUCUUAUUUAUCAUUUAUUUUAUAACUGUAAUUGGGAACUCUACAGUCCUUCUCGUUAUAGCUCUUGACCGAAGCCUGCACAGUCCAAAGUACAUUGGUGUGUUUAACUUGGCCUUGGCUGAUAUUUGUGAAACUAAUGCACUGAUUCCUAACAUGAUGAAAACUUUUCUGUUUGAUUCACAGUACAUCUCCUUCAAUGCUUGUUUGGUAAACAUGUUUUUUGUGUUUCUCUUUAGUGCCACGCAGAGUCUGACUCUUGUUGUUAUGGCAUAUGAUCGUUUAAUUGCAAUUUGUUUGCCACUGAGAUAUCAUGUUUUUGUGAACAAUACCAAUAUGUGUUUACUUUUCUCAGCAAUUUUUUUAUUUAAUUUUAGCAUUGUGACCAUGAUGGUGUCUUUGAUCACUCGAAUUUCAUUCUGUAAAACCAAUGUAAUACAGAGUUAUUUUUGUGACCAUGGACCGAUGUAUAGGUUGGCAUGUAAUGACAAUAGCAUUAAUAAGAUUAUGGGACUUCUCUACACAUCUUUAUACCUUAUAGCACCAUUGCUCAUUAUAAUCCUGUCAUAUCUGUGCAUUUUUUAUGUUGUAAGCAAAAUUGCAACUUGGGAAGGACGUUUAAAAGCACUGAAGACCUGUGUUUCGCACCUGUUGUUAGUAGGAAUAUACUAUAUCCCAAUAUUCUUUACAUACCUUGCUUCUUUUUGGGUUUUAUUGAUUUAUAGCACUCCAAAUUCCAGAAUCAUCAGCACAUCUCUGGCAUAUGCUGUUCCAGCAAUGCUAAAUCCCAUAAUUUAUGUUUUAAACACCGCUGAAAUCAGAGACAAAAUUCGAAAAGUGCUUAAAAACAGAUCUGCACCAACUGGAAUUAUUUCAAAAUGAAUAAAAU